UUUACGCUGCCAUAUGUAAACAAAGCCCGUCUAACUGUGGAGGCGUCAGCGGCCGCUCCGAUGACCACAAAUACACCUUAAUCAGAUCCAGAACAGUCACAGCGGAUCCGGACUCUGCGGGAUGGACUGACUAGGACCUGGGAACAUGUCCAUGGAAGACCCGUUCUUCGUCGUGAAGGGGGAGGUGCAGAAGGCAGUGAAUGCUGCUCGAAGCCUCCAUCAGAGAUGGAGUGAGCUGCUGCAGGAAAGGGGUGGAGCCUCCAAGGAGGAAAUAGACUGGACAACCAAUGAGCUGAGGAACAGCCUGCGCUCCAUUGAGUGGGAUCUGGAGGACCUGGACGAGACCAUCAGCAUUGUGGAGUCAAACCCGAAGAAAUUCAACCUGGAUGCAGCUGAGCUUUCGAAGAGGAAACUCUUCAUCACCAACACCAGAACCACAGUGAAGGAAAUGAAGGAACAGAUGUCGAGUCCGACCGCCGCCAGCGUCAAUAGGAAGAACAGACAGGCUCUGCUCGGUGAACGAGGAUCUCAGGGGCCCAUUUGGCAGCCCGGUCCCGAUAAAUAUAACCGACUGGACCACCAGCUGCAGAACGCAAACUCCCAGUUCAUAGACGAGCAGCAGGUGCAGCAGCAGCUCAUCGCUGAGCAACAGGAUGAGCAGCUAGAACUGGUUUCUGGAACAAUCGGAGUCCUGAAGAACAUGUCGGAGCGGAUUGGCAUGGAGCUGGAUGAACAGGCUGUGAUGUUGGACGACUUCAGCCAGGAGAUGGACAACACUCAGUCCAGACUGGACAAUGUGAUGAAAAAACUGGCCAAAGUGUCCCACAUGACCAGCGAUCGUCGGCAGUGGUGCGCUAUCGGCGUGUUGCUCACCAUCCUACUCGUCAUCAUCAUUCUCUUCGUCAUCCUCUGAUUAAUGCUCAGAAUUUAUCACGAGGUCUUGUGUUUGGGUUUGUUUAUUCUCACUCUACAUACGUUAAUAGGUACGUGUGCUUUAAACAUCGUGUCCUCGUAAUUUCAUGCAUCUUUUAAAUUAUCACGGUUGUUAGCUGCAUUGCCAUCCACCAGGGGGCAGUGCAGAGUUCAGAGUUUUGAAAUCAGUUUCCGACAAUAACAAACAUGGAGACGAUGGAGGAGAUCCCGAUGAUGUUCAUUCAGAAAGAGGCUUAAAAAGAAGCAGCGCAGUAGACGGAGGUGAUCUAAAGGCCUGUUUAUGCUCGACACAGAAGACGGCACACAGCUGUGCUGCUCAACCCACCCCUGUGGUUUCUGGUGGUACUUCUCCAUUUGCUUUGUCAGGGAAUUCCUCUGAAAGGGUCCCGACAAUGGACCAAAUUACAUAGGACGCAGAAGAUGGACGAAAUCAUCCAUAUCCGUCUAUAUUGUAGAGCAUAAAUAAACCUAUGUCCACUGGACUCUUCUGGACCUCUUCAAACUGCAUUGGACUGCAUUCUGUUGGACCCUAGUGGACUCUUCUGGACUGCAUUGGACUGUAGUGGACUCUUGUGGACUGUUUUGGACCCUAGAAAACAGUUGUGAACCGUACUGGACCCUUGCGAACUCCUGUGGACUGUACUGGACCCUAGCGGACUCUUGUGGACUCUACUGGACCUUAGCGAACUCUUGUGGACUGUACUUGUAAUGUCUGUUACUGUCUCUUGAAGACAUAAAAUGUAAACACCUCCACGCGAGUUCACUGUGUUCGAUUUUUUUAUUAACAGCAACCACCAACCACGUAACAUCCAGCUCUAUACAUAAACUUCUCCUUCUUCUUCUUCUUGUCCUCUCCUCCAAGCCUAUAUCUAACUAUAGUGCCCCCUAUGGGUGAAACCUACCAUAGAUUAUCUCCUGUCAUUACAGUACUGGACCCUAGCGGACUCUUGUGGACUGUACCGGACCUUAGCGGACUCUUGUGAACUGUACCGGACCCUAGAGGACUCUUGUGGACUGUACUGGACCCUAGCGGACUCUUGUAGACUGUACUGGACCCUAGAGGACUCUUGUGGACUGUACUGGACCCUAGCAGACUCUUGUGAACCGUACUGGACCCUAGCGGACUGGUGUGGACCGUACUGGACCCUAGCGGACUCUUGUGGACCGUACUGGACCCUAGCGGACUCUUGUGGACCGUACUGGACCCUAGCGGACUCUUGUGGACUGUACUGGAUCCUAGCGGACUCUUGUGGACUGUACUGGAUCCUAGCGGACUUGGGCAAAUGAAACAUAUUUGUGAUUUAAAGUUUGUUUCGUUUUCUUUUGAUUUUUUUUAAAUAACCAGUUUAACCAGUUUAAAGAAGACCAGAGACCUGAACCAGGAAGCUGGAUUUUCUCUUGUGGAGCUAACUUCGGGGUUUUCUGUCCUAGGAAGCCGGUUAACUUCUUACCAGGUAAAUCACCAUGGUAACUUACACCGAACAUCUAGCUUCUUCUGGAGCAGGGUCAACGAGUAUAAAGCUCCACCUCCUGACCAGGUUCCAGGCUUCUGACACGGCGGCCGGUCUUUGCUGGGAUUGUUCAGCGUCCGCCGGUGUUGCGUUCAACAUUAACUGCAAACGCAGCGUUUUCUGGACGGAAGCUUCU